GGCGGCGAUUGGCCGGCUGCGGCGCCCGCUCCCAGAAUGCAGCGCAUGGCGCGUCAUUGAAGAGAGACCAUGAUGGCGGCGGCGCUGGGGCCCCCAGAAGUGAUCGCUCAGCUGGAGAACGCGGCCAAAGUUCUUAUGGCACCACCUUCCAUGGUCAAUAAUGAGCAACGCCAGCAUGCAGAGCACAUAUUCUUAUCAUUUAGGAAAUCAAAAUCACCAUUUGCAGUUUGUAAGCAUAUUUUGGAAACUAGUAAAGUGGACUAUGUCCUUUUUCAAGCUGCCACAGCCAUAAUGGAAGCAGUUGUCCGAGAGUGGAUUCUCUUGGAAAAAGGUAGCAUUGAGUCACUGAGAACAUUCCUUUUAACCUACGUCUUACAAAGGCCUAACCUCCAAAAGUAUGUUCGGGAACAGAUUCUUCUAGCAGUAGCAGUAAUUGUAAAGAGAGGAUCAUUAGAUAAAUCAAUUGACUGCAAAAGCAUUUUUCAUGAAGUCAGCCAGUUGAUCAGUAGUGGUAAUCCCACUGUGCAAACUCUGGCCUGUUCUAUUCUAACUGCACUAUUGAGUGAAUUUUCAAGUUCAAGUAAAACUAGCAACAUUGGAUUGAGUAUGGAAUUCCAUGGUAACUGCAAAAGAGUUUUCCAGGAAGAAGACCUUCGCCAGAUCUUCAUGUUAACUGUUGAAGUGCUGCAGGAGUUUAGCAGGCGGGAAAACCUGAAUGCUCAGAUGUCUUCAGUAUUUCAGCGGUACCUUGCACUCGCCAAUCAAGUCUUGAGCUGGAAUUUUCUUCCUCCAAAUUUGGGCAGACAUUAUAUAGCUAUGUUUGAAUCCUCACAAAAUGUGCUAUUGAAGCCAACAGAGUCCUGGCGGGAGACUCUCCUGGACAGCAGAGUUAUGGAGCUUUUCUUCACAGUACAUCGAAAAAUCAGAGAAGAUUCAGAUAUGGCACAAGAUUCUCUACAGUGCCUUGCCCAGUUAGCUUCUCUGCAUGGACCCAUCUUCCCUGAUGAAGGAUCACAAGUUGAUUAUCUAGCACAUUUCAUUGAGGGAUUACUGAAUACUAUCAAUGGAAUUGAAAUAGAAGAUUCUGAAGCUGUGGGAAUCUCCAGCAUUAUAAGCAACUUGAUAACUGUGUUCCCUCGAAAUGUUUUAACUGCCAUUCCAAAUGAACUUUUCUCCUCCUUUGUUAACUGCCUCACACACCUCACUUGUUCUUUUGGGCGAAGUGCAGCAUUGGAAGAAGUGCUUGAUAAAGAUGACAUGGUGUACAUGGAAGCCUAUGAUAAAUUGCUGGAGUCCUGGCUAACUUUGGUCCAAGAUGACAAACAUUUCCAUAAAGGCUUUUUUACCCAACAUGCAGUUCAAGUUUUCAAUUCCUAUAUUCAGUGCCACUUAGCUGCUCCAGAUGGCACAAGGAAUUUGACUGCCAAUGGUGUGGCUUCUCGGGAGGAAGAAGAAAUAAGUGAACUUCAAGAGGAUGAUCGAGACCAGUUUUCUGAUCAACUAGCCAGUGUAGGAAUGCUAGGAAGAAUUGCUGCAGAACACUGUAUACCUCUUCUGACAAGUUUAUUAGAAGAAAGAGUAACAAGGCUCCAUGGUCAGUUACAGCGACAUCAGCAACAAUUGCUUGCUUCACCUGGUUCAAGCACUAUUGACAACAAAAUGCUUGAUGAUCUCUAUGAAGAUAUUCACUGGCUUAUUUUAGUUACAGGCUACCUCUUAGCUGAUGAUACUCAGGGAGAGACUCCGCUAAUACCUCCAGAAAUAAUGGAAUAUUCCAUUAAGCAUUCAUCUGAAGUUGACAUUAAUACAACACUUCAAAUUUUGGGAUCUCCAGGAGAAAAGGCUUCUUCCAUCCCAGGGUACAACAGAACAGAUUCUGUGAUUAGGCUAUUAUCUGCUAUUCUAAGAGUUUCAGAAGUUGAAUCUCGUGCAAUAAGAGCAGAUCUCACACAUCUACUAAGCCCCCAAAUGGGCAAAGAUAUUGUUUGGUUUCUAAAACGCUGGGCAAAGACUUACCUCCUGGUGGAUGAAAAACUAUAUGAUCAGAUAAGUCUGCCAUUUAGUACAGCAUUUGGAGCAGAUACAGAGGGUUCUCAGUGGAUUAUUGGCUACCUCUUACAAAAAGUCAUCAGUAACCUCUCAGUCUGGAGUAGUGAGCAGGACCUGGCAAAUGACACUGUACAGCUCCUUGUCACGUUGGUGGAAAGAAGAGAAAGGGCAAACUUAGUAAUUCAGUGUGAAAACUGGUGGAACUUAGCUAAGCAGUUUGCAAGCCGAAGCCCACCUCUUAAUUUCUUGUCAAGUCCUGUGCAGAGGACACUGAUGAAGGCUCUAGUCUUAGGAGGUUUUGCACAUAUGGACACAGAAACCAAACAACAGUAUUGGACAGAGGUCCUUCAGCCACUUCAGCAGCGAUUCUUAAGAGUAAUAAACCAAGAAAACUUUCAGCAGAUGUGUCAGCAAGAAGAAGUCAAGCAGGAAAUCACUGCCACACUGGAGGCUCUGUGUGGCAUUGCUGAGGCUACCCAGAUUGACAAUGUAGCAAUCCUUUUCAAUUUUUUAAUGGACUUCCUUACCAAUUGCAUUGGGUUGAUGGAAGUUUACAAGAACACACCAGAGACUGUCAAUCUCAUUAUAGAAGUUUUUGUUGAAGUUGCACAUAAACAGAUAUGUUAUCUUGGAGAGUCCAAAGCUAUGAAUUUAUAUGAAGCCUGCCUUACUUUGUUGCAAGUAUAUUCUAAGAAUAAUUUAGGGCGGCAAAGAAUAGAUGUUACAGCAGAAGAAGAGCAAUACCAAGACCUACUUCUCAUUAUGGAACUUCUUACUAAUCUUCUAUCAAAAGAAUUCAUAGAUUUCAGUGAUACAGAUGAAGUGUUUAGAGGACAUGAGCCGGGUCAGACGGCAAACAGACCUGUCUCAGCAGCAGAUGUUGUUUUGUAUGGAGUAAAUCUCAUUCUGCCCUUGAUGUCACAAGAUCUUUUGAAGUUUCCAACUCUUUGUAAUCAGUACUACAAAUUAAUCACAUUUAUCUGUGAGAUUUUUCCUGAAAAAAUACCGCAGCUUCCUGAGGAUCUGUUCAAAAGUCUGAUGUACUCCCUAGAAUUAGGAAUGACCUCAAUGAGUUCGGAAGUGUGCCAGCUUUGCCUGGAGGCCUUGACACCGUUAGCUGAACAAUGUGCAAAAGCACAAGAAACAGAUUCACCACUUUUUGUAGCAACACGGCACUUUCUAAAGCUGGUUUUUGAUAUGCUGGUUUUACAAAAGCACAACACAGAGAUGACCACUGCGGCCGGCGAAGCUUUCUACACGUUGGUGUGUUUGCACCAGGCUGAAUAUUCUGAACUGGUCGAAACAUUACUAUCAAGUCAACAAGACCCAGUUAUUUACCAGAGAUUAGCAGAUGCCUUCAACAAGCUCACUGCAAGCAGCACUCCUCCUACGCUGGAUCGGAAGCAGAAGAUGGCCUUCCUAAAGAGUUUAGAAGAAUUUAUGGCAAAUGUUGGUGGUCUUCUUUGUGUAAAAUAAACAACAAAACUUUAUGUUUAAUUUAGAUCCUUUCUGCAAAGUGCACUGAAUUGCUGAAAGUUGACUUGAGUCUUGUCCUCCUCUUCAGUUCAUUUGGCCAUUUUGGAUUUUGGAGAGCCUGAAACUUUGAUAUGUAAUACAGUGAAACAGGAGAGGUCAACUUUGAGUCAGUUUUUGCUGUUAGGUGUUAGCCACAGUCUGUCAUAUAUGUGUCUCCUAGAUUUUUAAUGGCGAUUUCAAAUUUUCAACAUGAAAUUCCAUAUAUGUGCAAACAGAUAUGGGCACCAUGAAAUACAUAUUCAGUGCCUUUCCCCCUUUUAUCAAAACAUAGGUGGCUAGCCAAAGUUUAGAAUUUUUAGGUGGAUGGAUGUAUGCUGGGCAAUGUUUCUCGAAAUGUCCAUAGAUCACCUGUGUCAUGUGAGGAGCUGUGAAAAGGUAAAUUCCUAGGCUCAACUGUAAACCUUCAGAAUCAAAAUUUCUCAUUUACCCUGGAGUCUUCAUUUAAUAAGCUGCUCCCUUCCUUCACCCCAAAAGUUUUAAAUCAAUGUAAGAGAAACAUCAAAAAUUCUUAAAGAGGUUCUGAGCUUUCUACCUUUUCCUCUCAUUGAUGAUUAGGUUUGUAAGUCAGCAGGAAGAAACGACGUCACCAGGGGUUUGCUGGCUUUUUCUUAGUUUCAUCUCCCCGUGUCCCCUUCCCCCACCCCCCCCAACCAACCCAGUGUUGCAGGUUUUGUGUAAUACAGGUUUCUAAUCAUACGCUGAUGCCUGAACUUGAGGAGGAAAAUAAUGUGUAUAUUUUUGUUCCAUAAAAAUAACUUAAGGAACUGUAGCCAUUUCAUUGCCUUAAUUUUAAGAGGAAAAUACAAAAAAGGAGCAGAUUUAUUUUAGUGAGAAAUCAAAUCUUGAUGCUUCAGAGUUGGUUUAAGGUGUUAGCUGCUAUAAGCCUGUUGCCCUUUUGAUCAAGUAUUUAUGUAGGUUUAAGAGUGGAAUGAAAGGCUCAUUCCUAGGUUGUCUAACUUUUUAAGUGUGUUUCUACCCAGCCACAUAGACCAUAUCUAUUCUGAAUGGCUUACUUAAGCAAUAACAGUUUUAAAGGAUGUGAAUUACUGAUUCACACAGACUAUUGCACGUUGGGGCAUUAGGGGCAAUAAUUAUGCUAGAGUGGAUGUCAUCUUUAUGUCAUGGGAGCUACAUGAAUUUAAUUUGAGAUUAAAAAAUUCACUUUAGGGUCCUCUAGUUUGAUCUUUCUAAUCAGGAUUUUUAUACUGCUGCCAUGGUCCCUUAAUUCUGUGUGCCAGCUUAAAUAAUAGAAAUGAAAGCUAACUUAAUAAACUGCAGGCAUAUGAAACUCUGCCCACUGCAAUACCAGACUCACACCAACACAGUGGCAGGUGAGGGCUCUGGCACAGGUGCACUCUGAAAUUGCUUAACGUGUUCUGCUACACCAUCCUGCAAAUACAGUUUUUAAACCUGAAUUGCAUAUAGCAUAUACAUCUUUACAUGUAAUGCAAAACUUUGUACAACUCUGUGCUAUUAACUUAUAGUUAACAAAACUGGAGCAUCUACAUUACAUCCAACCUGUGCAUGUGAUGAUAGGUAUGGGUGAAUGUAGGGCCUAGGGUCAUAACUUUUUAAGGAACAUUUAUCUUAAUUUGACCACCAUUGAGUAACAUGGGGGAGCAAAAUAUGUCUUUAAAGAUUGCUAGGAAGAAAACUAAUAUCACUCUUUAUGAAAUACAUGUUUUCGUAUUUUAAAAAAUACUUUGAUGCAUGUAUUUUUAGAUUUUUUUUUUCCUUAAUGAACUUGAAGUGGUAUGCAGCAUUAAUAGAUUUGUUUUAAAUUGUUGUUGGUGUUUUGUUUUUCGUGUCUCCUAAGCUUUCUCAGUAGUUUUGAGUUAUGUGUAUCCGUGUGUGUGUGUGUGUGUGUGUGUGUGUUAAGUAUAGCCUUUAUCACAGGCACUGAAACACAUAUCUGACUGGACAGCUCCACUGGCCAUGAUAACACCAUAAUCAAGUUAUUAUUAAAAAGAAAGGUAACAGGAACGUAAUGCCUUGGUAAGUAAAAAGGCAUCUAUCUGUAUUUAGUAAUUUUUCCCCAGAUGGAAACAUACUUGCUAAAUUUGCCCAGAUAUUAUUAUGAGCCUGCAAUUUUGUUAGAACAGGUUUUUUUUUUUGUUUGUUUGUUUUUCAGGCAGAGUCUCAGUCACCCUUGGUAGGGUACCGAGUGCUCUGGCAUCAUAGCUCACAGCAAACUCAAACCCUUGGGCUCCAGCGAUUCUCUUGCCUUAGCCUCCCGAGUAGCUGGGACUAUAGGAACCCGCCACAGCACCCAGCUAUUUUUUUUUUUUUUUUGGCCGGGGCUGUGUUUUAACCCGCCACGUCUGGCAUAUGGGACUGGCGCCCUACUCCUUGAGCCACAGGCGCCGCCCGCACCCAGCUAUUUUAAAGUUGGGGUCUCAGACUUGCUCAGGCUGGUCUUGAACCCAUGAGCUCAGGCAAUCCACCCGUCUCAGCUUCCCGGAGUGCUAGGAUUACAAGCGUGAGCCACCACACCCAGCUCUGUUAGACCAGUUUUAUUUAUUUAUUUAUUUUUGAGACAGAAUCUCAAGCUGUCACCCUGGGUAGAGUGCUGUGGCAUCACAGCUCACAACAAGCUCCAACUCUGGGGCUUAAGCAAUUCUCUUGCCUCAGCCUCCCAAGUAGCUGGGAUUAUAGGUGCCUGCCACAGUGCCCGGCUAUUUUUUGGUUGUAGUUAUCAUUGUUGUUUGGCAAGCCUGGGCUGGAUUCGAACCCACCAGCUCCAGUGUAUGUGGCUGGCGCCUUAGCUGCUUGAGCUACAGGAACUGAGCCAACCAGUUUUAAUUAAAACAAAAUUUAUUUCAGAUUGGACCAAAUAAUAUUUAACAGAUCACCAGAAUGACUACCAUUUUUUUAGGUAAUGGGGAUGCCACUUAAUUGCAGUCUCUUCAGGGUAUUCGUGUGUGCUUUUCCCUCAUUAUUUGUUUAGGUUGGGUCUUUUAUUUUGUCCAAUUUUGUCUUUAGCUAUGUUUAUUAGCUUUUUAGACUUGUUUCAUUUUAAUGCUCUUGGUCAAGUGAGUAUCAAGAACACUGUCUUAAUUCUAGUGAACUGAUUUUUCCCCUAUUAAGACUUCUCGUUGUCAAAUGAUUUUUAAAAACCAAAACAUUAUUUGUGCCCUUUUUUAUAUAUGUUAAGGAACACUGUCGAAUUUUGAUUUUUAGAUUUUUGUGUUUACAUAAUUUCUGUUGUUCACAUAGUAUUCUUUAACUUCUAUUUUCCAUACUUCCAUUGUUCAGUUUAUUUCUUUUUUUUUUUAUAGUCUUUGACCCUUUUGUUUCUCAAAACACAAGCUCUAAAGACUUUUUACUUUUACAAUUUGAAUUAUUGUUAACAGCACUGGUAUUCUUGUCUCUCUGUUAAAAGGGUUGGUUUGCUUUUAUGAUUCUUAUGCUGGAUGAGUGGCUGGCUGCAUAAGUAGCAAAACUCUUUGCCAAUAUUUGACAGUGUCCUUUCCAACACAGUUAUAUGGGUCUUUCUGCCUGAGUCUCUUAAUCCUUUGGGGGCAGUGGCAUGUUAGUUUUCAUCUAGUGUAAAGUGUGAUGUUCUGUACAAACUUCACAAUUUUUUCAAACUGAUUUUAAGAAUUCAGCCUUAUUUCUUUGUAAACCAUAUAUCUAAUUAUAUUACAUUACUCUUUUCAGAUUAGAUGGUUACUACUUCCCCCUACCCCCAGUUUUCAUUUCACCAUCAAGUAUCUCUGUAAUUUCCCCCAUUAGCAUUGUCUAACACUUCUCUUACUGUCUUUGGAUUUCCUCUUUUACCAAAAAUGUCAUCUUUAUAAGUCUAAUAUCACCAUUUCUGUUAAUACUUCUAUGAACCCCCCAAGUAUUGAAGGGAGCUAGUUUUCAGUUUUGAGGAGUUCAGGUUGGAGUCUCCAGUAUUUAGUGUCAGUUGAACCCUGGAAAAUACUAUUUUUCUUUGUUACAAUACUGUCUGUUUGCUGCCUCUGUUGUUAGAGGUGGUUGUCAUUAGACCUUACUGAGUUAGCUGUCUCUGACGGGUAAUUGUUUGGUUCAAUUAUUCAGUUGAAUUCAAUUAUUGGUUCCUGAAUAAAAUAAGUCAGAAGGAACCUCAGUACUUCUUGGGGUUUGUUUGUUUUUUAAACCAGAGAGUAAGGAACUUAUUUGAAUAUGAAGUUUAACAUUAUAAUUUUCUGUAAAUUUUUCUACGAAACAUAGUUGAUUUGAGGAUAUAAUAAUGCUUUAAAUUAUUUUUAAAUGUAAGUGGAUAUUCUCUGACUUGGUAACUGUGUUCUGAAAAUACUGCAUUUAAGAAUUCUUUAAAAAUUGAUGUUCUAAAAUUUAACAAUGUCCAAAUUAGGCAUAUUGCUGAACUCGAUUUGAAGUGCCAUGGUUCAAGUUGAACAUUAGACAUGUUUUAAUUUAGAUGUACGAAAUGUGAUUGAUUAUAAUGAGAAACCCAUGACAUAGUUAGCCAAAGAAUAUAUUUGGUUUAGGUAAAGUUACAAACUUAAUGAGCAUUCAUUUUAUUUUAAACAGAAUGAAUGAAGAAACUGAUUUCUUGUAUCUUGCACUCUACGUGGAAGUUUUUGCAAAGAUGAGAAUGCUCUAAGCUAGGUGAUUCCCUCCUAGGAAUUGGGAGGAGUGGCCUGCCCAUUAUACCCUUGAGGUUGUACCACCAAACCAACCAUCUUGACCCCACUCCCCAUCCCCUGAUGUGGUUUGCGCUUCACCUAUUCCCAGGUCUUUCCAGCAAUGGGGAGGUUUUGUUUUCUUGUCAGUCUGCAUUUUUAGUCCUCUUAGCUAUUAGGAGCUGUUGGAUAUGUACUAAUUUGCCUAGCCUGAGAUUAAAUACCACAUCUGCACUGUGUACCUGCUGGGGAUCUGACCUCAAGUGUGUUCUGAGCCCAGGCUUCCUAGUGUGGUAUCUUUUACCACAUAAAAUUAUGACAAAUUGCAAAUACUGGUAUCAUGAUUUGGUUCUGUACACAAAGAAAGAAGCUCUAUGCAGUGAGUUGAUGGUUUAAUGGUCACAAAAUGUUAGCACUGCUACCACUCAGCACGUGUAAAAUUUUUUAAAUUUAUAAAUAUUAAAAUUUUAAACUUAC